CUUAAAAUCAUAUUAAUUUUUGCAAAUUUAAAAGUCUAAUAAAUGUGCUUGAUAUGAUAUGAAAUGGGCAAGAAGUUGCUUAAUAAACCUUUAUCAACAAGAGUAAUAUCCUUAAACAAUUCACAAAUAAAAGGUAUAAAGCACAAGAAAAAGAAGUCAAAAAAAGGUGGCCCUAUACCUGUUAAAGAAUUAGUUCCCAAGUCCUCUGCAUUAUUUUUUCAAUACAAUACUCAGCUUGGUCCACCAUAUCACAUAUUAAUGGAUACGAAUUUUAUAAAUAUCAGUCUUAAAAAUAAAUUAGACAUUUUUAAAGGGCUAAUGGAUUGUCUUUAUGCAAAAGUGAACUGUUAUAUUACAGAAUGUGUGAUGGGCGAAAUUGAGAAAUUAGGAAAUAAAUUUAGAAUAGCAUUACGGAUUGCAAAGGAUCCUAGAUUUGAACGAAUUACUUGCUUGCAUAAAGGAAUCUAUGCCGAUGACUGCCUUGUUAAUCGUGUCCAACAACAUAAGUGCUAUAUUAUCGCUACAUGUGACAAAGAUUUGAAACGAAGAAUUCGUAAAAUUGCAGGAGUUCCAAUUAUUGGCGUAGCGAAUCACAGAUUUACUGUGGAAGGAAUGCCAGAUGCGUUCGGAGCUCCCAAGAUGUAAUGACUGAAUUAUUCAGAUUAUGACAACGCAUUUUUUCGCAUUCUAAUAUAUUACCCUGUUCGUGACUAUUGAAUAUAAUAUUACUACCUAUAAAUAUUAUAUAAAGAAGAUAUCCUUGAUUUUUAGAUUAUGUAAAAUAUUUUACUGGUAGUAUAAUAUUAUAAAUCUAGGUCUAAAUGGGGGGGGGGGGGCAAAUAUCUUGAAAUUAAUUUUUUUGGACCAUCAAUUUUGCUUUUUAUUAGGGCAUUGCCGAUAUUAAAUAUCAGAUCGGCACCUAUAUUUACCUUUUUCCAAAAAUAUCGGAUCGGGCCGAUACCUUUAAAAAUCGAUCCGAUAUUUUUACUUUUCUUUUUUUUGUUAUUUUAUGUAUAUUUAUUUUACAUUAAUAAUUUUUUCUAAAUAAUUUUUUUUAAACAAUGCAAAAUACUUUAAAUAAAAUAAUUUUUUUUAAUAU